AUGGCUCGCUUCCGUGUCAAGCAUCAGAUCCGUCCAUGGGUCAUGGAAUGCAUGUAUAUUCAUGUGGAAAAGUCACCCUUUUGCCGCCUUAGCACAUUUCACGCCCGCCGAUGCAACGCCGCACCGAGACCGAGAAAGUCAGAACGGACAGUACGCCGCCGGCAUGUCUCCACGUAUCAAACUCAACUACAUGUAACUAUUAUCAGAUUAUGCUUCGCUCCCGUUGAUUCCCGGCGCUGCGGGCUCAUCUUGCCCGUUGCCCGCCUCAUCGCAACCCAGUCUCGUCGUGUCGGCUUGAGGACGUCUUCCGGUUGGACAGUUCCCGUCCCGAUCGGGAGCCAAGUCAACAAGUCUAAUUGA